AUGCAAGAAGUCCACAUCGAUUUAUUCCUAAAUAUUUUAAAGGGAGGUGCACUUGCGCUUUUGGUUAUUUGGACUAUUGCUGCUAACAUACUUGUAUUUGUGGUACUGUAUAAAAAUCCACAUCUUCAAACUGUACCUAAUCUAUUGGUUGCUAAUCUUGCCUUCAGUGAUUUGUGCCUUGGAGUCAUCGUUUUGCCCCUAUCAUCGAUCUAUACGAUCGCAAAUGAAUGGCUUUUCACAUCAACACUUUGCGUCGUUUUUGUAUCAGCAGAUAUCUUAUGCUCCACGGCUUCGAUCUGGAAUUUAUCCAUUGUUGGUCUAGAUCGUUACUGGGCAAUAACUACACCAAUGGCCUAUAUAGCUAAGAGGAAUAAACGUACAGCAGCUUUUCUGAUUUUAUCCGUUUGGCUUUCAUCCGCUUUGAUUAGUUUGGCUCCAUUAUUCGGAUGGAGACAGGCAAGCAGAUUUUUUUAUUUUAAAAUCCAUUCUUUUUUUGAAUUUAUUACUUUUUGGCAGAAUUGA